AAUGUGGCGCUCGCUGCCGCACCUCCCGGCUCACGGGGGUGGGGAGGGAAGGAGGGAGUAUGUACUGGACGGAGCGGAGUACGGGCGCUGGGCGCGGUGGUAGCGUGCUGCGCCGGGUUACGUGAGGGCAGAGGAGGGAAGACAGACACUCCGUGGAAAAAGCGUGCUCGGCACUUCUCACCGGAGCGCCUUCGGAAAGGUUUCGGUCCCCCACCCCUUCAUAGCAAAGUGGUACUGCCCUUCCGUACAAAGUUUGCAGGCUGAGCAUAACUCUGGGUUGAGCAUUGGCGAGUUGGGGUGUACCAGGAAAAAGUUUGUCCGCAAAGGAAUAACGGUAACUCCUGGAUGUGUCCCCAUCGCGGACUCCCGGGAGGUCUGUGGUGGGGAGAUACUGACUUGUUUCAAGUGACCGAAAACAGUCUCUGUCCGUCCCCGGGCGCGAUGUCCCAGGCGCUAGCGAAAGAGGUCCCGCAGGAGGAGGGCGAGAGGGGCUCGCGGAGAAGCAGCUGGGGGCUGCUGGUCACGGCGGGUGUGGGAGGGACCUUGGUGGCCCUCUAUGCUGUGGCCACCCCCUUCGUGACCCCGGCCCUGAGGAAGGUGUGCCUGCCCUUCGUUCCUGCAACCGCCGCUCAGAUCCAGAAUGUGCUGAAAAUGUUGGAAAACAGAAAUGGCUCCCUAGUUGACAUCGGUAGCGGAGAUGGCCGCGUUGUGAUAGCAGCUGCAAAAAAGGGAUUCCAGGCUGUCGGUUAUGAAUUGAAUCCCUGGCUAGUCUGGUACUCCAGAUAUUGUGCCUGGAGAGAUGGGGUACAUCAGAACACCAAAUUUUAUAUUUCAGAUUUAUGGAAGGUUUCUUUUUCCCAUUAUAGAAAUGUUGUUGUUUUUGGAGUACCUCAAAUGAUGCCACAGCUGGAGAAGAAGCUGGAAGAAGAACUUGAACGCCAUGCCAGAGUCAUUGCCUGUCGCUUCCCUUUCCCUUGCUGGAUUCCAGAUCAUACUACUGGAGAGGGAAUAGACACUGUGUGGGCCUAUGAUUUGAAACAUUCUAGAAGAUGUGAAACAAAAAGCUUGGAAAUUACACCAGAGACAGAAUCUUAAACAUCUAAUUUGACUUCUUACAGAAAUUUUUGGCUUUGACUGGACCUGUUGAAGAUAAGAUUAAUGUGGAGAGAAUCCUGGCAUAUGAAGAUGUGUAUUCACUAUAAAAACUGAAGUACAGUGGUUGUCUGAAAGCACACAAAGGUUACUGAAAAGGUGUAGUUAAAUGACUUAAUACAGUGUCCUGGUUUAACCCCAUCUAGCAGUGAAGUACCACACAGAUGUUCACUCACCCAUACUCCCCCAGUAGGAUGGGAAAGAAAACUGAAAAAAAAGGUCAUACCCAUGACCAUGGAUUGAGAUAGGAAUAAUUUAAUAAUUGAAAUAAAUUUACUACUAAUAAUAACAACAAGAGAGGAGUAAAACCCAAGAAAGCUGAGUGAUGCACUGUACCCUUGCUCACCACCCACUGAUGGAUGCCCACCCCAUCCCAUAGCAGUCCCUGAUCCCUCCUUGCCAACUCUCUCCAAUUUAUAUACUGGACACUAUGUUCUAUGGUGUGGAAUAUCCCUUUGGCCACUUGAGCUCAGCUGUCCUGGCCAUGCUUCCUCCUGGCGUCUUGCAUACCUCCUUGUUGGCAGAGCAUGAGAAAUUGAAAAGGCUUGGAUUAAGUACUGUUCAGCAUCAAGUAAAACCAUCAGUGUGUUAUCAGCUUUAGUCUGUUCUAAAUCCAAACCACAGUGCUGUACCAGCUAUCAGGAAGAAAACUAACUCCCAGCUGAAAGCAGAAUAUGUAGUUAGUCAAAAUUGCAAAAAAGUUUUUAUAGAAGUGGAAAACUUCAAUAUGAAAAAGCAAAUUAGGCUGGUCUGUAGAAUCUGGCUUGAAGAGAAGUUGGGUGCUAUUUGGGAUGUGUAGUCUACAAUGAUGCAUGUACCCAUGCUUUUAGGUUUUUGAUGUGAGGGGACAGGAAGAAGUUAAAACAUAAACCUACAAUGAAGAUUUGAAAUGGAGCAUAGUUUUGUCCUGAAAAUGUACACAAAGCAGUACAAGAAAGGGGAAAAUGGGUGUGUAGUGCACAAAGGAGAGGUGAUUUCAGCCUUGCAUAGAAAGGCACAACUGUGAACAUGGAGACUCUGUGUACUGAAGAACACCAGUGUCUGGUAAACAGUCUGACAGCCUUUUGCUGCAAGAAUGCAUGAAGUAUCUUGUAAAACUGCACUAAAUUCUUUCUAUAAUGAUUUAAGUGUUAUGAUUGUUCCACAGAGAUAGAGUGACAGGACAGGGAUAGAGUGGUUUAUCUAAAAUGCCUGAAUUUAAUAUCCCAGGGCCAUAAAACUAGAACCUCAGACAAAGUAAAUCUGAAAUUAUUUCUAAUGAAGAGACUAACAAAGGAGAAAUUAGCUAAUUAAGCAAAGUUCUUCCCUGAAUGAUCAUAAAGGGAAAGAGGAGGGAAAAGUAUUUUGAUCUAUUGAAUUGUGUUGUCAUCUGCAGUGCAGUGCUCUGACCCAGGUUUCUACAACCUGUAUUCAUUAAAUUUAGCUUGUAGGAAAUGAAGCUAUUAUAUACUUCUCUCCUGUAUUUGACUAUAUAUUUUUCUAUUUCAUUAACCUUUGCCUGUUAAAAGGUAAAACUGAAUUUCUCAUUUUUGUCUGUGGUAAAGGUUUUGGGAUGUGCUCUUCCUAGUUGCUACCUAUUGCUCCAGGAAUACUUUUUGAGGAGGACACAGUAGAAUUAAUGAUUUGAUGGCCUGAGCUUUAGGAUUACUAAGUGCUGUCCUCCAGGCAAAGAGAGAUUUAUGAUUAUUUUAAAGUAAAGCAGAGAGCUGUUUCUUGUUCAGACUAUUUACUUUUGGGAGCCUACACUGAAUUAGGCAGUAGUCUGAAGGUUUGGGAUUCCUUAUGAUAUAAGGAAAUGUGCUGUAUUUCUUGUUUCCAUGGCUUAAGUGUGAAAUGGAAAGCAAAAUGUCCUAAUUUACACAGGAGGACUGGGAAAUAAUUUUGUUGACAUAUUGUCCUUUUCUAUCAUUUGCUAUGUUCAUUUGAUGGUUUUCAAGAUUCACUACUUUACUGUGACCAGUUAUCACUGUCUGGAUUAUAUUGAUAUACUUCCAAUUGCUGUAGUAAUGUAUUAUGAUUUUGUUGAUAUGAUACUUCAAAACAAAAAAUGGUUUCUUCUGAAAUUCUGAAAGAGAAUUACCAUAAUCAUAUUAUAAUGUAGUUCUGAAGCCAAAAGGAGGAAACAAGCUACACAUGCUGUUCAACACCAAAGUAAUUUAGGUACACAGAAAAACAUAUAUUUUAUCUUUGUAUCUUCUAGUAGGAUCAUUUGCCUUUUGGGAGUUGUGUUAUUUUUUUACUUGCCCUGCCAGAUUUUAGCAAAAAAAGGUGUUACAGUGCUGAAUGACUAAUGCUUUCCUGAAAUACUGAAGAAUUUAAUUUGUUUAUAAGUAGUAAAAGGUCAGGGUGAUAAUUAAAAAUGUUUUCUUUGUUCUUUCCCCCCUCCUUUUUUUUUUUUUUUUGUAGUGAUGUUAGCAUUCAGGAACACAUAACCAUGGAAUGAUUAUAUGAAGGUACUUUGUUAAAGAGCUCUGGGUGUCAGAGGUACACAUACCCAAAUCUGACCCAACUUGUUUUUGAACAUGUUUUUAUACUCUAUUGUUAUAUAACUUACGUAUCAAUUAUUAAACUUACAUUGUUCUAUUGUA